GUUUGCUGAAAUGCUGGAGCAGGACCCUGGAGUCUGCCUGCUCUGCCCAGGUCACACUUUGGAUGUGAGAUCAUGGAAGUUUUGGGGAUGCUGGGAGGCCCUGGAUGUCCAGGGCACAGAAAGGGGCAUUAGGGAGAGACCCAUGGCUGAUUGCCAACCUGCCCGAGAGCACUGCAACCUUGUCACUAUUUCCAUGGCCUCACUGGGAGGGGACAUGGGAGAUCUCAGUCCCAGCUCUCACCAGGCCUCUGGUUUCUUUGCUCUCUAACCCACUUCCAUUCAGAAGAUGUUUGCUGAGCAACUGAGAUGAGCCCGGCGCUCUGCAAAGGACAGUGGAGAGAAUUCAUGGAUUAGCCCAGGAACUCCAAGGUGUGAGAAAGGAACUGAACCCAAAGCAGCCUGGGCUGUGCUGAGCUCCAGGCAUGGCGCAGUACAAGGGCACCAUGCGGGAGGCCGGCAGGGCCAUGCACCUGAUCAAGAAGCGCGAGAAGCAGAAGGAGCAGAUGGAGGUGCUGAAGCAGCGCAUCGCCGAAGAGACCAUCAUGAAGUCGAAGGUGGACAAAAAGUUCUCGGCUCACUACGACGCUGUGGAGGCCGAGCUCAAGUCCAGCACUGUGGGCCUGGUGACCCUGAACGACAUGAAGGCCAAGCAGGAGGCCCUGCUGAGGGAACGUGAAAUGCAGCUGGCCAAGAAGGAACAGCUGGAAGAGCGCCGGCUGCAACUGGAGCUGCUGCGCGAGAAGGAGCGCAGGCUGGAGCGCAAGCGCAAGAUCUCCAACCUGUCCUUCGCGGUCGACGACGGCGACGGCGACGACCGCAAGGAAGGCGGCAGGGCCGAGGCCAGCAAGAGCAAGAAGAACCUGGGCAAGAAUCCCGACGUGGACACGAGCUUCCUGCCAGAUCGUGACCGCGAGGAGGAGGAGAACCGGCUCCGAGAGGAGCUGCGCAAGGAGUGGGAGGCCAAGCGCGAGAAGGUGAAGAGCGAGGAGAUGGAGAUCACUUUCAGCUACUGGGACGGCUCGGGGCACCGGCGCACAGUGCGCAUGAACAAGGGCAGCACGGUGCAGCAGUUCCUGAAAAAGGCGCUGCAGGGGCUGCGCAAGGACUUCCGCGAGCUGCGCUCGGCCGGCGUGGAGCAGCUCAUGUACAUCAAGGAGGACCUCAUCCUGCCGCAUUACCACACCUUCUACGACUUCAUCAUCGCCAAGGCCCGGGGCAAGAGCGGGCCGCUCUUCAACUUCGACGUGCACGACGACGUGAGGCUGCUCAGCGACGCCACCAUGGAGAAGGACGAGUCGCACGCAGGCAAGGUGGUGUUGCGGAGCUGGUACGAGAAGAACAAGCACAUCUUCCCGGCCAGCCGCUGGGAGCCCUACGAUCCGGAGAAGAAAUGGGACAAGUAUACCAUCCGGUGACAGGCACACCACAAUCCCCUGGCAUCCUUCUGCCCAUGCCAGGAAGGACUCACCUGCAAAGGAAAUACUCAGAUUUCUAGACCCUGUAACUUCUAACAUCACUUGACGAGCUUCAUUUCUUACCUGAAAUUUAAUAAAGACAAGGGGUUUCCAUUAUUCGAAUUUGGUCAUUCUGUGACUGAUGUUAUUCUUU